AUGCCACAAACCUCCACAACAAAUCCCGUUUCUCCAUUGUUGAACAUUGUAGAAUAUUUGGAUGAUGUGGUAUGUGAUGCAGAUCCUAAUCUAAUGUUUUAUUUACGCUUACCCUUGGAGUCACAAAGGUCGACAAACGGAUUAAACUCGAGCACAAUGCCAACGACAACGACAACGCCAACGACAACGACAACGCCAACACCAACGACAAACGUAAAAGAUGCGAUGUACAUCUCAGCUUCCGGGUAUCGGCAAAAAGCAGAUCCUGAACUAACAGCUGGUUUUAUACAAGGGGAUAUGAUACUUGAUUCAAUGGCACGUAACGGUUGGCGCGACGACAUUUUGCAAUGGCCAAACCAAACAGUCACUUACAAGUUCUUCAAUCAAUUUUCGGACGCUCAUCGCAAUCAAAUAUUACGCGCUAUGCAUGUGAUUCAAUCAGUGUCUUGUAUACGUUUUAAAGAGAUUAUUACCAGUGAUGACGAGACCUUUGUUAAUAUCACUAAUUACAAGCGAUCGUGUUUCUCAAACGUAGGAUGGCAGAGCGAACGUGUGCAACAAUUAAAUUUGGAGACAUCACCCAUUGGAGAAGGUUGCUACCGUUUAGGAACAAUAAUACACGAAUUGCUGCAUACUUUGGGUUUCUUUCAUAUGCAAAGUUCAUCAAAUCGUGACGACUAUGUACGCAUCGUUUGGCGUAAUAUAAGAACGAAAAAUCAUAAGAAUUUUUUAAAACUUCCACAAGCAAUAGCGGAUGAUUUCGAUCAGGAAUACGAUUAUGGUAGCAUCUUACAUUAUAGUCGAUAUGCUUUUUCAGCGAAUGGAGGAAAAACCAUAGUACCAUUGCGUGCAGAAAAGUAUGGUGAUGAAGUGAUAGGACAGCGUUCUUACUUAAGCCGUGGUGAUAUACAGAGAUUGAAUGUUAUGUACCGAUGUCCAAUAAAGAUAAGAACAUCCGAUGAGGUGCCUAACUUUGUUCAAUUGUUUUAA